AUGUGGCGUGCGUGUCGUGUUGUUGCACUCCGCCAACUGCGAAGCGAGGCCGCUCGAAUGCCCGUCACUCGCUUCCCGCAACAACUGGGCGGUGUCAACUGGUACUUCACCAGUAUCGCCGGCGUGGAUCGUGACUUGCUGCUUACUCGCUCAGCACGCGACCUGCGCGACGAACUCGGCGACUCGAAGAUGGGAAGCGUAGCCAAAGCGCUAAAGGGAAAGCUAGCCGAAGCCAUGGCUCGUGAGGAUGUGACCAGCGAAGAUAUCAUCGAUCUGUUCACGGCAGCGCAAAAGACGCGCGCCGUGUCUGUCAUGCUGGAUGCCUUUAACUUUCUGGAAGCCAAUUUUCCGUCGCACAUUAGCUUUUCAGUAUAUGGUGAAGUGUUCCGCAUUAUGACUCGUAAAAAUAACCCCAAACGUCUCAUCCAGAUCUACGAGACAUCUAAGUUGCGUUUCAGUGCAGUGCCUGAAAUGAUCUACCGUUUUGGUAUUGCUGGAUAUCUGCAGAAUGGCGACAUGGAGAUAGCCAUUAAGACUUGGCAGGAAAUGGUUGAUGCUGGCCAUGAGACGACCAACGAAAUCACGUCACGACUCAUGAUGGCGUAUGCACGCCAUGGUGACGUGGAAAAGGUGCAAGAGCUCUAUGAGUCUGUGGACCCUCAGAUCGGCUAUUGGCACGAGUCAUGCAUUGAUCGUGUCAUUCUUAGCAUGGGUAUCAUUAAGCAGCCUGCAAAGUCUUUCGAAUUCUACAGCAACUCGAGCAUGAAGCUGAACGGUGGCACACUAAUUGCUCUGCUUAGUGUUUGCAACAACAAUGAUUGCAAGCAACAAGCUUCGGAUAUUUUAGCGAACCGCAAGAAGUUCGAUUUGCGUCUUGAUGCGCGUGGCUACAAUCGCAUUAUGAUGACACUUGAAUUUCUGGAGCGCAAUGAUGAGAUUAAGUAUAUUCUGGAGGAGAUGGUCGAAAAAGAAAUCCGAUUUGAUACCAAAACGAACCACAUUAUUGAACGCAACGCCCAGUUCCUCGAGGAUACGAAUUUUGUUGCUAGUCCCAGCAAGAGCAGGGCUGCAGGCUUUACUAUAAGUCCGCGCAUUCGCGAGCUGCUUGCGCAAGGAAAUGAUAGUGAAGCAGCUGCGUAUGUAGACUCCAUCGUAAAGUCUGUGGAUGAGUCGCAAGUACCAGAAGACUAUAAAGGCGAGGUCCCCGAAGGAGCGUUGAUUGUGAGUCCCAAUGUUGCGAAAGACGUUAUCCAAGCGUACAUCAAGACGGAACAACCUGACAAGGUGGCUGCUCUCAUCGAGGGUUUCUCUGUGGUGCGUGGCAGGUAUGCGUACGCUUUGGCUGAGGUCAUCAGUCACUACCUGAAGAUAAAAACCAAGCUCGGUGAUGAGCUUAGCUAUGCUGCCAGCAAGGCAAUGCUUUACCAAGGAAUUCGGGUUUACCGCGCGAAUGAAACCAUGAUGCUAUUCCGUCGCUUUCACGAUGCUGAUGCCGCCUUAGAGCUAUUUACUCAGAUAUUAGCAUCGUAUCGGGGCAAGGAUGGUAGGAGUGCGCACGUGUUUGCUGAGGAUGAGGAUGAGGACGUCAAAAAGCCGCAGUAUGUGAAUUUCAAUAUCGGUAAAGUCAUUGACUCUGUCAUGCAGACGCUGGUGGAGAAUGACAGGAUGGCUGAAGCUUUGGAUACCUUUACUAUGAUGGAAAGUCGGGGUCUGCAGGCUACGCAAUUUAACUACGUCACUCUUCUAAGCUCGAUGCGUAGGUAUUUGCAAAGCUCAAACAAGGGUACGAAGAAGCAAAAGGUGGUGUACGAUAUUCUCAGUUUCCAGACAGUGUUGAAGGACCUCAAGAACCGUAAUAUGAGAGUGAACAGGGCGGUUGUGGGCUAUUUGUGCCCUGCUUACAAGGAAGCAAAUAAGCAGCAGCGCUUGGAGCUGCUAGAAGCUUUUGAUGAGGCUCGGAGUGACCCCAACGACAACUAUAUCUUACCGCAUGCUUGUUAUGAAACGCUCCUAACAUUUACGGCACAAGAGGGUACCAUGUCGGAGCUGAGAGCGCUGUACGAUGAGGCUGUGAGUACCUUAGACAAAAAGGAAACGCUUGGCGUGCCGCGCGGCUGGGUGACUAUCUUAAUUGAAAAGCUUGCCGAGGAUGGCAACGUGGAAGAAGCCGAGCAGCUCACGAAGCAGAUGCCGGAAGUGUGUGGUGGAUUCACGCCCCGAGCUGUAGUUGCAGUGCUGAGGGGAGCUUUGGAAGCUCAGAAGCCGGAUGUAGUCGACAAUAUGGUGGCGCUUAUGGAAGAACGGGAGUUCAUCAUAGGGUUAUCUGAUGCCUACGAUCUAGUGCACUUGGCCCGACAGAAGGAUCUCUCGCCGAAAGCGCUGGAUAUCAUUCGAAUUUUCGAAAGGGGUAACUUAAAGGAGGUGGCACCUGCUGCGGAUGGCUCGGGUAAUCUGGAAGAAGCCUAUGUCCGUCGUCAGCGCGGCGAUGUCCACGCGCUCCGAAAGGUAAGGACCAUGUACAGUGUGGUUCUCAAGGCGUGCGAGAAGGGUGGUCUUUGGAAGCAGGCGCUUGUGCUUCGUGACCGGAUGACGACGCUACUAGGAAAGGAGGCGAUGGAUGAGAUUGCCACGAGUGUGAAUGCUUUGCCGAGACAGCGCAAGGAGAAGCAGUCGGUUGACGAAUAG